GCGGGGGCUGCUGGGAUAGCGGAAGGGGCAGCCGCUCCACGUGGGAGAGGCGGAUGGUGCUGCCGGUAUCCAGCAACCGGGGGUUGAAGUAACUCACCUGGUUUGUUGGCCAAAUAUCUGCUAUUCUACCUGCAAAGCACUCUUCCCCAUAGCAAUAACUACAUAAAAACAUCCUCUAUAAAAAACAAGAAAAAAGUUGUGUUAGUAUUGCUCUUAGACGAGUGUUUCUGGCUGUAAUAAAUUAAACUUUUUUUUGUUUACUGUUAUUCCUGAAAAUGGAUUUCCGAUUUAAUUUUUUUAUUGACAAAAAUGAGAACGAUGAACCAGACGCUCUGGGUAAGGUGGACUUAGAGUUGCACUCACCAAAACACAAGCAAGAAUCCACAGGAAAGAAGCAGCAAACUGCUGCUACUGCGGCAGGUGCCAGCCUGAAGCUGGGUGCUGAUGCACAGCAAGAUGAGACACUGUCAAAGUUCUUUAAAGCUGCCAAGGAGCACAGUAUACCUGAAGAUCCCAACAAAAUAUUGGAAAAUAAAGUAAUGGAAAUUACAUCAGGCUUGUAUUCGGUGAAUGUGUCUGUAGUGGAAACUAUGUGUUUGGAUGGUGUGGAUGCAGAAGGCAUCAUAUCUAAAAGUGUUUCUUCUCGCUCUGAUCUCAUCCCGGGAGUCUACGAAGGAGGGCUGAAGAUCUGGGAAUGCACCUUUGAUCUCAUAGACUACUUUUCCGAGGCUGAAAUACAGUUUACCAACAAGGCUGUGUUGGAUCUUGGCUGUGGGGCAGGACUGCUGGGAAUCGUUGCUUUAAAGGGUAAAGCUGGAAAAGUCCAUUUUCAGGACUACAACAGCACAGUGAUUGAUGAAAUAACCUUGCCUAACGUGGUGGCUAAUUGUACAAGCAAAGGCAGCAGGCUGGACAGUAGGGACAACAGAAGAACCAACAAGCCUCCUUCAAAGAGGCCCAGGAAAGCAGAGUGCUUGCCUGAUAUGCUCACCAAAUGCAGAUUUUUUUCUGGGGCAUGGUCUGAAGUCAGCCAGCUCCUGCGAAGCAGCAACAGCUCCUUUUCAAAGUAUGACAUAAUUCUCACAUCUGAGACCAUCUAUAAUCCCGAGUACUACAGUGCUUUGCACAAUACACUGGCUGAGCUCUUGGAUAAAAAUGGACGUGUGUAUUUGGGAAGCAAAGUACAUUAUUUUGGUGUUGGUGGUGGUAUCUCCCUCUUCGAAACAUUCAUUGAAGAAAGGAAUGUGUUUAGGACCAGCAUAGUUAAAACAAUUGAUGAAGGACUACAGCGAUGUAUUAUGGAAAUAGCCUUUAAAGAUUCCAUUUAAAAUGCAACCACCGGUCCUUCAAAAAUAUCAAAGACAAAAUAUUUUAAUCCUCCCAUCUCUGCUUUUUCCUCUGUUGUGUUAUUCUGGUUUGACAAAUUAAAGAUGCUUGUUAGAAAUGCUUGACAAAUUCUGAUGUCUGAGAACUGAAGGACUUCUGAUUCUGGUUUUGCGUAGAAAAAUGGAGUUCUGCUUAAACCAGCAUCUGUUUAUGCCAAGUAAUUGUCAUUUAUAUGUAUUUAAAAGUAAAGUAAGUCGCUGUCCCCAGUCCCCCUCUCACAUUCUUUGGCAGUGCUAGAACCGUAAGUCACCGUAAGUAAAUGAGAUCAUUUAACAUCCCAAUACAGUGCAAGCAGUGGUUCUCAAGGGUGAGAAGAGUUUUAACUGCUGCAGCAGAUUUCAGAAUCAUCUGCAUAUCUGUGUGCCCGGCUGCUUUGCCACCAGAGGGGGUUGGAUUUAUUACUUGGGUUCUAUUCUGCUAGCAGUCUCGCAAGUCAUUGUAAUGUUUCCACAUGUAAUGCACACGACUUUUAUUCAUGCCUUUGAAAAAGUAUACCAGAGAAUAUGCACUACUGUGGUCUCUGAAUUUUUACAUUCAGAUUUUGAUGUAUCACUUCAGAAAUUGUCAGCAAGUAACUGGGAAAAGCUAUACUGGUUUUAGAAAUUAGUAAAAUGUUUCUGUUAGUGGCUCAUAUGCUAUGACCCAUUUUCAACACUUGCUGGGGGGGUACUAUUGAAUGCUCACACCUCUUAAAUCUUUUCAGCAGUUUGGCUGGGCAGCAAGCAUUCAGAAAAGCUGUACAAGUCACUCCUUUGUCCUAGGCUGAAGAAAUUACCUUACUAAAAAUGCAAACAAACCCAAAGAACGACAAAACCUGGUCCCGAGUGCUUAGCAUCACCCACAAUUCACACAAAAAAAUCCAUUGCAUGUUUUGUUUAACCAAAACUGGGCAAAAAGCUAUUACACAACUCCUAAUGUGUGCAUCAAAGCUACUGCUUAUCAUGCACUGCUUUAUUGGGUGCCUUUGCAAAAAUAUAGAUAGCCAACCACUGCAGUAAACUGCAUGCAAGGAUACUCAGUGUAGGGAGGACAAUAGCCUAAGGGGAUGGAAAGAAACUUCUGACAGUGGUGACCUAAGUCACUUUAUUACAUAAAGAUCCUGUAGCUGAAGAUUUUUGUCUUCACAGUGCAAGACACCCAAGUCAGAGGAUUUCCCGUACUUUACAGAAGAGUCUUAACAACUACUAUUGUUUCAAAAACAAUUGUAAGUAGACUAUUUUAAAGGGAUGCUUUGGAAACUACUGAAGUUGCUCUUUUACAGGAGAGAGAGAACAAAAGCAGUCAGUUGUGUCACGGCUGUGAUUGUGCUAUGGAAUUUUUCUGCAUCAACUCUGAAACUUAGUGAUGAUAGCAAACUGCUGACUAUAGAUUGAGGAACAAAGGGAAGUUUAGCUUUGGCAGAUCAAUAAAGUACUGUUAACAGUUCUUUUUUGUCACAACUGAGAAGCUGAAAGCAAACUGACUACCGCUUGCCAUUUUUCAAGCCUCAGUCAUAAGACAAAUUGUGGCUUGUACAUAGUGACUGAAUAGCGUGUUCUACACUUACUAGGUCUACUGCUCUUUCAGAGAAUGGUACCUGAAGCAAUAAGAAAUGUUGACCACUAUGACAGUGAAUGUGGUUAGGAACAAGAAUCUUAGGUAUUUUUGUAUGAAUAAAUGAAGGUGGCACUCACUGUCUUGGGUUUAAUAUACUACUCCUUUCCUCAGUAUCCUUUUAUUCUUGGAUUGCUGAAAUAUGGCUCUGUUUUCAUGCAAGUACGAAAUCGGAUUUUUUUGGAGUUUGAAGUGAAGACUGCUAGAGAGCUACAAUCUCAUAGUGACUGCACACCUGCAAAACAGGAAAGCCAACAGUGUAAUUAAGUUCCCGUUUCAGAAUUAAAGAUGCGAAUAAAGGAUGCUUUUCUCAGGUGAAAUCAGCAAAAUCAGCAUUGGCUUUUCCAUAAUUCCAGAUGAGUUCUAUUCUGUUCUUGAAAUUCAGCAGAUGGAUGCUGAGAGGGAGCAAAAUUAAUACAUUUGGGUUUAAAGGCUGGUGGUUCUGUUGGUGUUUCAACAUCAAAUAUUACUAUUUUCCCUAAUCUACAUUAAGGCUUUCUCUACCUGCCAAAUCAUCACCACCCUGGUGACCAGUUUCCUGCUUCUCCUCAUGAUCUGGAAUAAAAAUAUCUCACUCACUU